AUGGGCGUAUGCGGGGGGAAGGCGGCAAAGAAUAACGCCAGCCGAGAGCUUCGCUUCAAUGGUGGCAUUCAGUACAGCUUGCUGGAGGCCAAUGACUUGGAACCCCAGCCGUCAGUCAACUCUGACUCCCUAGAUAUUGUCCAAUUUGCGGCACCUAUCUUCGUCGCAGCCGAAGGGGAGGACUUCAAAGUUGAGCUGAUGCGCUUGGGCUCGCUUUCGGGGCGUGUGAGCUGCUACUUCCAGACGGAGGCGAGCUCCGGCAAAGCAGGCAGCCGGUAUGUUCAUACUGAGGGCGAGGUCAUUUUUGAGGAUGGCCAGCUUCAGCAGAGCAUCGACAUUGAGAUCUUGGACUCGCCCACAUGGGCAGCCACCCUUGAAUUCAAGAUCUUGUUGAGCAGCCCCAUGGGCUGUACUUUAGGCAAGUACUUAAAGGUAUGCCGUGUCAAGGUCUUGGACGGGGACAGUUUCCCAACCAGUGCCUAUGCCGAGGUUGCCGCCUUGGGUUCAGGGGCUCUAGAAACGGUCAGUGGACCGCCGUUGUUUGUGGAGUUUUGCAAGUUGAUGCUUCGAAUCCCUGGCAACACUUGGCGCUUUGGACUGACCUUGCUUUUUGAUCAGCUGAAGAAUGCUUAUGUCUGGUUUAUGCUUGUGUCCUCCGUGUACAUGGUGAACGUGAUCUUUGGGGACCAAGACCCAGAACGACUCUUCAUCCCUGGGGAUGCGGAAGGAACCGCCCAGGUGCUUGGCUUGAUGUACAUAGUCCUCCCCCUAAUCCUCCACAUUUGGAAGGAGGCCAAAACAAAGAUGGACAUCACAGGCCGCUGCAGUUUCUUCUUGCAGACCAGCAUGAUGCGAAAGUACAUGAACUACAGCAGCGAGUCCAGAGCAGAGGUUACCCAACCGGAGGUUCAGAAGCUGGUGGACAAAAGUGCAGUUCAGCUUGGGGAAAGCCUCAACGACGUGUCUUCCCUCUUGGAGACGCUGGGCAAGCUGAUCAUGUUGAACUCCUUUGCCAUCUCCAGCGAUCCAGGCAUGCUGUGGGCUGUGGUUACGAUGCCUGUGGUGAUGGGUCUUUGGGUGCUACUGCGCGAGUUCUGGCUGCGAAAGCCAGAGGAAGAUGAUGCCUACGUGAAAGAAGUGUCCACGCUGGUGGGUGAGAUCAGCGAGUUCUACCCACUUAUCGCUGGCUACUUCCAGCGGCCCACCAUGAAUGAAAGGUUCGCAGCGCGUGUGACCAAGCUCCAGGAGGUGCAGGAGCCCCGUGGCAUCUACGACAUGCGCAGCGAAUUCUUCUUUGAUUGGUUAGGGCCCUUCUUCUCUGGCUUCUACAUCUGCUUCUACUCCUCGCAGGUCCUUGGGGGCCAGCUCUCACUGGGAACGUUUUUGGCCACUAUCUCUGUGUUUAAGGAAGUUAGCUCCAACUUUGCAUCUGGAUUUGGUUGCAUCAAGAGCAUCAUAGCCAAGUUCAACCCUCUUCUCGAAGUGACAGUCUUUUUGAACCGAACCACUGACGUCGCAGACUUGAGGGAUUUGGUGAAAAGGCGAGUUGCAGAGACAGCUGACCAGAGGAAGAAGCUCAUGCAGUUACCAGUUCCGAGUCCUGGGACGGUCCGCACCGAUAUGAUCCCCAUACGCCUGGAAGAUGUGCAUUUCAAACUGCCGAGCAAUAAGAAUCUACUGCAAGGUGUGAACGUAUCUGUGGAGCAGGGAAAGCUUGUUGCUUUGGUCGGCCUCGCCGGCAGCGGCAAGACCAAGUUGAUCCAAAUGCUAGCUAGUGGAGUUUCUCCUACCAGUGGCAAAGUGCUCAUCCCCUCUCACUUGCGAUGCCUGCUAGUGAGCCACCGGGUCUACCUGAUGCAUGCCUCUCCCUUGCAAAACCUCUUCUUUGGAGAUCCCCUCGCUGUGGCACAGCCGGAAGAGCGGCAUCGGAUGAUGUGGAUUCUGGAUAAAUUGCAGAUGUCUCGAACUCGAGAGCUGGCGGAAAGUGAAAUCGAAAUUCUGCAGGAGCCACUCUUAGAAGAGGACGAUGAGGUGGAUGAGGGGUGCUGCUACGGUGCAAACAAAGUGAGAGCUGCAGAGCCACCGCACGCACGAUGGACCCCACCAGAGGGCUCGGUGCGGGCCAAGCGUGUGGCGUCAGCCUUGCACGGGUGGCAGGAGUCCCUGUCCUUCCAAGAAAAGGCCAAGCUGCACAUCGCGCGAGCGGUGGUCAUGAAUCCGGAAAUCCUGAUUCUUGAGAAGCCGCUCAUGAACUUCGACGACCGGGAAGCCGACCUGGUGGUGACAGUUCUCAAGGAGUACGUCUCCAACCGAGGGGUUGCGGUGUCAGCCGCCACCCGCGACCAGCGAAGGCCACGCACAUGUUUUUACAGCGCGGAGCGUGUGGAGAUGGGCGUAGCCAUGCCGGACGUCCUGUGGAAGUUUGAGAACGCCACGAUACUUCCCGAGUACCCCCAAGCCCAACUCGUGCAGGAUCCGAAGAAGGGGCGCAAGGCCAAGCCCUUGUCAUCCCCGAAAUCGGCGCAAAGUGGCGAAUCCCCGUGA